AUGGUUUUUUAUAAUAUUAAGGACAUCUUUGAUGAUUUUGGUGUUACAAUUAAAAAUUAUUAUAUUAUUGAAUGUUUGCAGUCAAAAAAAGCUAUGACUUCUGAGAUUGAGAAAGCACAAACAGCAUCUGCUGAGACUCAGCAGGAGACAAUUUUUGAUAAAAUCAUUAGAAAAGAAAUUCCUGCUAAAAUUAUUCAUGAAGAUGAUGAUACAUUGGUUUUUUAUGAUGUAGCACCACAAGCUCCAGUUCAUUUUCUUGUUAUUCCAAAACAAAGAAUAUCUAUGCUUGAAAAAGUUAAAUCAGGAGAUGAAAAUAUAUUAGGAAAACUUAUGAUCACAGCUGCUAAAUGUGCUUCAGAACUUGGAUUAAAGGAUGGUUAUAGGGUUGUUGUUAAUAAUGGAAAACAUGGCUGUCAAUCUGUUUAUCAUUUACAUCUUCAUGUUCUUGGUGGUAGACAACUUGGAUGGCCACCAGUUUAA